AUGGGAACAUUACAUUUAUACAAUAUGCUGUCCGACGAGCAAAUCCGUGUCGUUCUGUUGCAUGAAUACAAGUUGACGCGUUGCGCCGAAGUCGCCUAUCACAAUAUUUCGUUGGUUUGGGGUCCGGACGCGGUGGCGUUUGGCGACGUUCAAGCAUGGUUUCGCAAAUUCGCCAACGGUGAUAUGAGUCUGGAAAAUGAGCCGAACGAUUUCCGAACGUACGAAAUCUAA